CUCCGCACUGUCGACGCAGCCCGGGUCGCGUGGGGGAAGGGCCGCGGGCUGCAGGGGCGGGCGUGCUCCGGCAACAUGGCGGAGGCGGGCCUCGCCCAGAUCCCCGAUGUGGACAUCGACUCCGAAGGCGUCUUCAAGUACGUGCUGAUUCGAGUCCGUGCGGCGCCGCCCUCCGGGGCCCCGGCCGGGGAGAGCAAAGAGAUCGUGCGCGGCUACAAGUGGGCCGAGUACCACGCCGACAUCUUCGACAAGGUAUCGGGCGAGAUGCAGAAGAAGGGCUAUGGCUGCGAGUGCUUGGGAGGCGGGCGCAUCUCCCACCAGAGCCAGGACAAGAAGAUCCACGUGUACGGCUACUCCAUGGGUUACGGUCGCGCCCAGCACUCCGUCUCCACCGAGAAGAUCAAAGCCAGGUACCCUGACUACGAGGUCACCUGGGCGGACGAUGGUUACUGAGACCCUCCUGAGCCCACUCAGAACUCUGCCC